AAGCAGGCACGGCAACAGUGCACACCACUUACCUCACUUUUGGCGCCUCAUAUCCGUACCUUUUACCUACAUGCCUACGUAGGUACCUCAUCUUCCCAUACAUACCUUGCUUUACUUUCUUCCUCCCGAGGUAUCUUUUCUGCGUGCUCAAGGCUUAAGGUACGGACAAACAAAACGCAGACGAAGAAGAAAAAAGACGAUAGAGGGUUUGGAUUCUCCUGCCCAUUUAUUUACCUUCACAUCACCCACAUCUGCACCCACAGUACAGCCCGGCCCUGGGAUUCGCCCAUCUUUUUGGGUGCAGCCGAUCAAGUCCACACUAAAUCUCCCUACGGCCAGCAACGAACGCCUCACAACAAAACCACCACCGCGCCUUCGCCCACACUCCUUUGAUCAUCCUCGACCCGGCCCCUUUUUUCCUUUUCUCCAGCCGGUGUUGGUGCUGGACUUUGGACUGCGACCACUACCACUACGUGUACGACGCCCAGGACAGGACGUUUCUAGGUUUUACCUAUUUUCCCCCCUCCCGCAUCACAUAGCCUUGCAUUACUACUGUGGUCCGCCCUUGUGUGGUUUUUCCCCCCGCUUCUCAAUCUCAUUUCCGCCUUCCUUUCUUCGGACGAGACGAGACGAGAGACGAAAGUGUUCGGUCGGUCGCUGGCAGCAUUUCAGCUCCUGCUCCAAACGUCGCCCUGUCGCUGCUGGGCUGCUCCACUACCACAAGCCAACAACCUAACCUCGACGACCCCGACCCAUUCUCCCCGACCCUCUUCUCACCCACGCCCUCACCCUCACCCUGACCCCCGACUAUUCGUACUCGACCGACUCCCAAUCCCAAUCCCAACCCCGAUUACCACUACUUUCACCACCACCAUCCCCUUCAGCCCAGCGCCUGCGACGUGGCUACCCGUCUCCCGCCAGUCUCGCGAGUACCUGACGGCUGUUACCCGAAUUAUUUACUAUCGCCCAGCACGAUACCGCCGCCGUGCGACGACGACCCUUUUCUUCAAUUCUCGACCCCAGUACAUACCUACCUACCCAUUCCACCACGACCACCCCCCGGCAUUUUCGCAGCCCAGCUGAUGCCGACCGAUAAUUUCCUGGCAACUCCCACCUCCGACACUCAAGGCUGACGGGCCGCUUUCCAAUUCAUCCCGCCCUACCAGUGAAGAGUUGUAAUCGAACACACCACGCGCAGACAAGACGACGCGAACACUACUGCACCAUGGCGUCGGAUUACGAUCAUGGGGCGCCGGACGACCGCUUGCAAGCCCACCCCGCCGCCACCCCUAUGGAACCUGGUUAUCCCGGUGAUGGAGUCUGGCAGAAUGGAGGAAGGAGAACUCCCGAAAGAAAUUAUCGCUCACAGCAGCCCUCACGUUCGCCCGGCCCCAGAACACCUGGUCGAGAGGGCGACUCAAGGCGGAGCGGUGAACGCAGUAGAUCCAAAGGAAGAGGAGGUGGGCGGUCAGCCAGCGGUCAACAGAGGACCUGCAAGAAGUGUGGAGAGCCUCUCACCGGCCAAUUCGUUCGCGCACUGGACGGAACCUUUCACUUGGAUUGCUUCAAGUGUCGUGAUUGCGGCCAGAUUGUAGCCUCCAAGUUCUUUCCCGUUGAUGACGAAGGUGGUGAAGGGCAGUAUCCUCUAUGCGAGACAGACUACUUCCGCCGGCUGGGUUUACUUUGUUUCCAGUGCGGUGGCGCCCUUCGAGGCUCCUACAUCACCGCUCUCGACCGAAAGUAUCACGUCGACCAUUUCACAUGCUCCCUGUGUCCCACGGUCUUUGGCGCGCAGGACAGCUACUACGAGCACGAUGGCAACGUGUAUUGUCACUACCACUACUCUACGCAGUUUGCGCAAAGAUGCAAUGGCUGCCAGACUGCAAUUCUCAAGCAGUUUGUGGAAAUUUACAGGAACGGCCAGAACCAGCACUGGCAUCCCGAGUGUUACAUGAUCCACAAGUUUUGGAACGUGCGACUUACGCAGCCGAGUGACCCCUCCGAAUUACCUCAGGAGACCGACGACCCCGCGACGCGCGACAUCAUUAGAGAGGAGGAAGAGCGCAUGGAGGAGAAGGUCUACCGUAUUUGGAGUGUCCUGUCAACUUUCGAGGAGUCGUCUGCGGCAUGCAUCUCCGAUAUGCUCCUCCACGUGAGCAACGGCGCCUAUGUUGACGGUGUGCUGGUCGCCAAGAAGUUUAUCUGGCAUGUUGAGAUCUUGUUCCAGUCUGCUGAUCGCCUGGACUACUCCAUGGAUCAACUGAAGCUCAAAGAAAUAGGAUUGUCGUACGGUCGUGAGGCCAAGCUUCUGUGCAAAAAGAUAGUAUCUUUCUUCUCGCUGCUGUCCAAGACCCAGGACACGGGAGCCCGCAAGCUUGGCGUCACUCAAGAGUUAUUGUCCCUAGUCACAGGUCUUGCUCACUACCUCAAGCUUCUCAUUCGAAUCUGUCUGCAGGGAGCGUUGCGCCUUGAGAAGGAGUCUAAGAGCUCCGACGGCAUUUAUCAGUUCCUGGAUGACCUGAGCGAACUGGACAGCGUAAAGCCCGACGACAACACCCUACAGGCUAUUACAGGCAACUCGCGCCUUUCGGCGAAGGAUUCUGAUCACUGUGCACUCUGCAAUAAGUCUGUCGAAGACGAGUGCGCAAAGAACUCCGACCGGCGAUGGCACAUUGCCUGUGUCAGCUGCUCACGUUGCACAAGAGAUAUCGGUCGCAAGCUGGAAGAUGCUCGCUACAAUGCCUUUGACAAGAAGAUCUACUGCAACAACUGCAUCGGCGCCAACGGUGAUGAUAUGCCGCCUUUCGAGCAUGUCACCAAGCUCCAGCAGUACGUUUUCUUGUUGAAGGUGGCGCUCGCGCGGUUAUUGGACAUCCUACGAAGCAACGGCGCUUUGCCUCGGCAAAACGAUGACCAGAACUCGGAUGGUUAUGGUCCAGGCGAGGGUGCCCGAACUUUGGCUCCCGGAGAAGCACCCUACCUAAACUCAGACAACCGCUCGAAGUCGUACGCUGGAGAUCAACGGGAGCACAAUCGCGAGUCUUCCUACGAGAACACGCUGAAUGAUGUUCGCCGAUUGAGAAGUACUCGUCUCGACAAGCAUUUGUCUUCAAGCUUUCGCAAGGCCAGAACGUCGCGCAUUAUGGACGGGCCUGAGGGACGCAGCGUUCGCCCAGGAUCCGCGGGCGAGGACCUAGGCCGAGCUGAUGGGGACCUCCAUAUUCUCGAGGAACGAAGAGGCCCAAACGACGAAGGCACAACGGACAAAAUGUUCAACCACCAAGACGCUCUGACGCUGGACGAUAUCCCGCGAAUCGUUGCUGCCGAACAAGUCAAAGAGCAACAAUAUAAGCCCAACCGCCAGGAACUCUUCCGGUCCCCCGCAACCGACCCCAUGGGACAUCAAAGAUCGCAGUCGGCAGGUAGAGAGGCUGAGUUGCGCAUGGGCGAUGCGAUGCCUCAGCGUCUGGGACGGAAGUACUUUUCGGAGCUCUCGGGAUUGGAGUACUUCAUCGUGCGUCACCUGGCAGUCUUGACUCUGGCGCCUGCCGUUGAGAACGAAUUCCCUCUGGAAGAGCUAUUGAGCUUUAUCGAGUCGAGAAAGCAGCCGACGUUCUGGAAAAACUUGGGCAAGGCAUUCAAGAACGACCGGCCGAAGAAUGUCAAGAAGAAGGGCAUUUUCGGAGUACCCUUGGACGUCAUCAUUGACAAGGAUGGCGCCGAGUCAACAGACGGUGUAGGCCCCGGAACACUCAAGAUUCCUGCAAUCAUUGACGACCUUAUCUCAUCCAUGAGAAAGAUGGAUCUUUCCGUUGAGGGUGUUUUCCGAAAGAACGGCAACAUCAAGAAGCUGUCUGAGCUCUGCGAAAGAAUCGACCGGGAAGGCUGCGACAGCAUUAGCUUCAUGGACCAGCCUGUUGUACAGGUUGCCGCUUUGUUGAAGCGCUAUUUGCGUGAGCUGCCCGAUCCACUCUUGACUUUCAAGCUCCAGAAGCUCUGGAUUUCUGUCGCCAAGAUUCAGGACGAUGCAAAGCGCAAGUCGUAUCUGCACCUCAUCUGCUGUCUCUUGCCCAAGGCUCACCGAGACUGCUUGGAGAUUCUGUUCUGCUUUUUGAAGUGGGCUGGAUCCUUCCAUCAAGUGGACGAGGAAGCCGGAUCUAGGAUGGACAUCAAGAAUCUUGCAACCGUUAUUGCACCGAACAUUCUUUACAACAGCAACAAAGCGCCUGCACUGGACAGCGACCCUAUGUUCGCGAUUGUCGCCGUGAACGAUAUGAUCACCUCUAUCGAAGAGAUGUGCCUGGUUCCUGACGAGCUUAUGGAAAUGGUCAACGAUCCAUUUGUGUUUGGCAACACUGCCGAUCUCACUACCAAGGACAUUCUUAAGCGUUACCAGGACCGCAUGGGUCAAAGACCAGGGUUGGGCGAAGUCAAUGAGGUCUUUAACAGACCAGACAACUCAUCCCGGCCCCCUCCCCGAAGGGUUGAGACUGACCCCGCUCUGUGGCAACAGCAAGAGAGCAGCGUCCGCACUGUGCAGGAACCGCCCAUGCCCAUUCCUCCUUUCAACCAACCCAAUCCUGGUACACCACCCCAAAGAUGGCGGCCACAUGAAGAAAAUGGCCACCCUUCACCCUAUGGCGGAAGCCAGUAUGAGCAUUCAGACACCGAAGGCCCUUCGGAAGCUCAAAAGAGAGAAUGGCGCCAGUCAGGUGGGGUUUGGGGAAGACAAAACAGCGGUGUUGGCGUAGGUGGAAACACAUAAUCCAACCAAACCAAACCGCAACAGCAAAACUACACACAUAUCGAAGAGUGAUUUCCUACGAGGCUCACAUCACUUGCUACGCAUUCUAUUGGGACUGCGAUUUGGGGUUUCGGAGAGUCACAUAUCCAUGCAUUGUUGGCGGCGUUCCCAACCGUUUUUCAUCAAAAGGACAAAAGACUUUUCUUUUGUUCGGCUACUCAACUCACGACAAGGCGGCAUGAAUGAUUUUUUAUUUCUUUUCAAAGUUCUCUUCCAACACUUUGUCAAACCCUCUGCUUCUUGGCUUCUCCGAGAGUGAAGCAUCGGAUCGAUAUGGAAUGAGGUAUCCUAACGGUCUGCUGGUGUUCCUUCGCACAAAAUACGAUCCCGUCGUCUACUGGAAAGGGGGGGAAAGAGGAUUGGUGGUCUUGGUUUGACCCUGGCUUGUUUGGAGUAAAGGCCCUAGGCCCAUUGACUUGUCGAUGGGCGAUACCGGUCUGGUUUGAUUGAUAUGUCUCGAGCUGGACAGCUGGCCUCGUUUCUUCUUGGCUUGCGCGAGAGACCUAGUAUAGCUUCGCUUCUUUUGUUGAAAGAGAGAGAUGUCGGAUUACAUUUGUGAGAUGAUCUGGAGCCAGGGGGAAGGGAGGAGGCCGAAUAGUGCGCCACGUUUGCGCGCAUCUUGAGAAAGGGG